AUGUCAGAAAAAGCUCCAUCGCCGGAACCGGCGGAGCCUCGUGUGGAACCGGUCGCCCGCGAAGUUAACAAGGUACAAAACUAUCGAAAAUUGAAUGAAAUGAAGAUUAUUUUGAAGUCACCAUCGCCGCGCUGCUUCGGCACGUGCAAAUGGUUCAACGUCGCAAAGGGCUACGGCUUUAUCGUCGAUGACGUCACCGGCGAAGACCUCUUUGUUCAUCAGGUUGGUUUUUGGAAGAAAAUUGGAAUUUUUCGAAUGGAACUUAUUUUGCAGACCCAUUUGAACAUGGAGGGAUUUCGGAGUUUGGACGAGGGUGAACGCGUCUCGUACUACAUACAGGCGAGGGACAACGGCAAAGGGAGAGAGGCCUACGGGGUUCGUUUCUCGUCCUGCUGGGCAGGUGUCUGACGGGUGUACCCGUGAUAAACCCGUAUUUUUAAGGCAUUGUGAACCUCAGUUGUGCUAAAACGGGUGAAUAUCUGGUUAAGAAGAAAUAAGUUACCAGCCAUGUUCUUUCCUGAAGUUAUAUCAGCUUCACGGGGUCAAUUCGGGCAAACCCGCUGAGAGCCCGUGUCAGCAAGGCGGCUUAACCUCAACAGCAGAAGAAUCAACGAAUACCCUUAUCAAAACCGUAUUUUUGAGGCUGUUUGAGCCUCAGUCUGUGCUUCAGCUGUGAUAAAAAAUACCAAAAUCCCCACCAGCGGUGAUUAUACGGGUUGAAUACGGGCACGCCCGUGACAGCACGGCUGGUUAACCUCGCAGGAAAGCAAUAAGAAGAUUCCUCAUUUUUGAAGGUAUCGUCGGAAAAAGAAGGCGAGACGCUGAAGGGGAGCAGCAUCCGUCCGUUGGGCAAGAAGCGUCAGUCGACGCUCCGUUGUUUCCGAUGCGGGAAGUUCGCCAAACACAAGGCCAAGAACUGCCCCAACGCUGGUGAUGGAAAGAGCGGCAAGGUGAAUUAUUUUUCCCAAAUAUUUUUUUUCAGAAACUAAAGCCAAAUCGCACUCUGAAUUCCAUAUAAUGCUUUUCCGCUAAAUUCAAAAUUAUCUCUGACUUUCCAAAAUUUAGUUAUCUUUUUCAAUUUCUAACGGCUUUUUCGAAUUUCGAAGAACUACUUGAAACUUAAAAUGAGGAUACCAUUUAUUUUUCAUUUUUUUUUUGUUAAGAAUUCAAUUUAGGAUCUCGAAAAAAAGCGGUUCUUCAUGAUUUUAAAUCUUUAACAUGGCUCAGACGCCGAAAAUCAGCAAUCUUUUUUUAUAGGUUUUUUUUCCUUGAACUGUUUUUAAAAUUUUACUCAACUCUGCAUCUAUUUUUACUGCUAGGUGGAUCAAGUACUGAUAUUUUUUUAUUUCAGUAAGUUUUUUUAUCGAAAUUUUUUUGAAUUUUAGACAUACAGUAUUCGGAUAUUCCUCUGAUUUUUCACCGCUAACCUUUGUGAAUUUUCUCAUUCUCUUUUCAAAACUCCAAACAGCUUUUUUGAAGCUCACCAGGGAACGUUUUUUUACCCCCCGGUUGAACUUUUGCUGAAACUUUGCUUAAGUGUACUUUAGGACCUCCUGAUUCCAGAACAAGAAAAAAAUUUCUCGCAAUAGAUCUUGUUUCUGAGUUUUGGAGCUUCAAAGUGUGCAAAAUACGCAAAUUAGGCCAAAAAAGCGCUAUUUCGGGCUUUUGAAGUGUCCUAACUCGAAAACGAGAACUAUUGCGAGAAAUUUUCUUUCUGUUCUGGAAUCAGGAGGUCCUAAAGUACACUUCCGCAAAGUUUCAGCAAAAGUUCAACCGGGGGGUAAAAAACGUUCCCUAGUCAGAAAAUCUUGAAAUAUGGUGAAAUGGGUGUAUUAUGAAAAAUGUUCUUUGAGGGCCUCAAAGGUAGCUGAAAAAAUUCCCUAAAAUGGUGGAAAGUCUUUUGAGCUAAUUUUUCAAAGCCUCGGAGGAUCUUUUUCGAAUCCCCUGAAAUCUUUUCUUUUCAUCUUUUUUUUAAUUUAAGGAAGCGUUGUUUUGCCCGAGGCUCCAGAAAAUUCAACAUUUUUACCGAAAAAAUCAAUUUUGAACCCCGCCAGGUGUGCUACGUGUGCGGCUCGGACGAGCAUCUGAGCGGCGACUGUCCGGAAAGACCCACCAAAUCGGCGAACCGGCAGAAAGUCGCCGAAAAAGGCGAGUUUCUCGCCGAAGAGUCCACUAAAGGGAAGGAUCUGCCCACUGGAACGAAGGCUGUUUUGAGCAGCGAGACUCCGUGA